AUGGCGGCGGGAGUCGGGCCGCUGAAAGGACCUAAACGGGGACGGCCACACUACGCAUGCGUGAGUCCGACGUUGCUGUGCACGCUGGCGCUGUCAGGCGCUUGCGCAUUACUGGCCGGUGGCGUCUUGCGCCUGCGUGCUGAGGAUUCCACGCGUGCGCUGUGUGACUGGGGGCGAGUGAGCCGAGAAGCUAAGAUGGAAGAUGAGGAAAUCGCGGAUAAUUGGGAGGAAGCGGCCGAUAGUGGGGAAAUAGAUCGGCGACUGGAGGCAAAACUAAAGAUUCAACAGAAGGAAAAAAAAUCGAAGCUGACACCUAAGGUUCCCAUCGUCAUACAGGAUGACCUCCAUCCAACGCCCUGCGCUCCACAAAUCCGCAUUUUGAAGAGACCGACAAGUAACGGGGUGGUCAGCACGCCCAAUUCCACUACAAGACCUCCUCCACAAGUCAAAUCGCUGGCCCAGAGAGAAGCUGAAUACGCAGAAGCAAGGAAACGGAUCUUGGGGAGUGCAAGUCCUGAAGAAGAAGAUAAAACUAAUACAGAAAGGCCAACUAGGAUUACCCAGUUAGAGGAGACCAGACAACAGAGUGGUGUAAUUCGACAGCCCCUGGGCCCUGAUGGUACACAAGGCUUCAAACAGCGCAGAUAAAACGUGGGCCAGCGAGCGCGCUUUGUAGAACAGAACUCUGCAGGACCGAGCGUGCAGUGUUGGACAUAGAGAACGGACUCAAGCAGAGGACCUGAUCUGCUUCUCUUGCACUGUGAUCCCCCUUUGCUCCGCCCACUGUGACUUUCUCCUUGCGCACUGUGACCCCCUGCUCCGCCCACUGUGGUUGGCACACUACUGAGAGCUCUCCAAGGAAACUGUGAAGGGGAGGUUUCUUGUAUUCGGACUGGCCAAGAAUACAUUGUGUGCCAUUUCUAACCAGAAACUUGCUCCAGCAAUAAUACUGUUUAAGAAUGUUCAAUAGUUUACCUUUAAAUUUCAGAAAAGAGUUUGACUAUGUAUUAGUGAUGGGUGCUGUUUGUCCAUUUUCAGCCCAUAUUUCAUGGGUUUGUUUUGGUAUCUUCCCACCUGAUCCAUUGCCACAAGAUAGUCCUUCAAUUAUCUUACUAUGCGAAGUAUGUCAAAAAAUCCAUCAGAAAUGCACCCAUUUUAAAGUUGGCUUAUCUUUAGCUAUUUAUUAUAGACUGUAUUUAAAGUAAACUUUUUUCAAUCCAUCAAACUGCAGUAAGAGGACAAGAACAUGAAAUGAUCCACAGGCUUGGCCAUUUGACACAGCAGACCAAGAAAUACACAGUAAUUGUGUUCAGUAAUGUAAGUGGUCUGUUGUGUAAUCAAUUCCUGUCAGAUUCCUGUCCUUCCAUCCACAGUGAGCAAGUCUGUUGGUUAACGGAACUAGUUGGAGUGGGGGAAAAAGAGAAGUUCAAAUAGUGGCUGCAAAUGUUGCUGUAUCUCACCACCUGAACGAGGUUAGCUGGUUUGGCCAAAUCUCAGCUGAAUCCCAGGUUUUAUUUUUUUAAUACUGAGAGGGUGAUGUGAUUAAAAAUAGAAUACUAGGGUAGUACUUGAGAUGCGAGCUGUGUAAUGCUGUGGUCACGUGAUCUUAUUCCAGCACUGCCUUAUGCUCAAAUUCACCAGCUAUGCUUUGUGCAUGAUGGUUUUUGGUAUAAACUGCAGGAUAGAUAUAGCUUGCAGUAGUCGAAACUUACUUUAGAAAAGAGAAUGUUUCAGCAAAGGCCAUGUUUAAAGUUACUGCUGCUCCCAUUGAGGGUCAGUGCAGAGCAGUAUUGCUGUUAGAAACUGGGAAGGUUUUUCAAAGUGCUUUAUUUGGAACCCUCCCAGUUUUAUGAAACAGGGAAUGAAAGAAAAAGACAAAUAAAUGUAACUUUUUAAAAAGGGAAAUAAAAUUGUUCCAAUCAAAUUUAUAUGUUCUUUUGAGAAGCUGAAAAGUUUGAGGCUAAAUAAUGGAGCCUGAAACUUUGGUACUGUUUAUUGUCUCCCUUCUGGUGAUUUGUGUGCGUUCUGUGCCCUGCUGUCUGACACUAAAGCGAGGGGUUGCAGUUAUUGCCCAUCACUAGUACAUACUCUUUAGUAUUUUUCAAGUCAAUGCCUUUUAUUUUCUAGAAUUUCAAAAACAAAGCUGUUUCUAGGUCCAUCUAUUGUUAACAGGGCACGUAUGUAAUUUCCUUUUGGUGUGGCUCGCAUAUGAAUCAUUUGUCUUGUGUUUGCGCAAAUGCGCAUGUGUUUGUGUAUGUGUGUAUUCUGAAUAUGUCUGCCUGCGAACAAAUUACUGCUUUGUGAGGAGGGGUGGGAUGGAGUGAAGAUAAAUUGAAAGUUUCAAUUUCAACCAUUGGUUGGGGGUGGAGUAGCUGGAAUCGGCCAUCUCACACUCGUACAACUGCUAGCUUAGCCUCCCAAUGCAACAGCUGUCAAAUUCCUUGUGGGGCAUAAAAUAUUCCUGAAUUGAUUUGGACUGGGGUUGAAUGGGUUUCAAAUGCCCAUUAACUGCAAAAUGUCAGACCUUAACACAUUUUUAAACUUAUAUAACGAAUAAUAUUCAAAGUGCUUUCCCAGCAGUUGUUCUAUUAGCAUAGAAUUUUUUUUUGGAAGGUGAGUUUUCACACUACCUGGCAUUUCACUUGAUCAAUGGACUGACAUUCAAUUGAUUUAAUGGUGUUUACGAACUUGAUGCAAUUGGAACAAUUGACUGAGAUUCUUCAGAAUAUAUUUGCUCUCUAAAUAAUAAAAUUCCAACUCACUGCUAGUUUGUGGAUUUAUAUGCUGCACACUGCAGUGUAUAAUAGGGCCCUAAUCCAAUUUUGGUCAGCCAGGCAGCAGUGGCUCUACAAGUGGCCUCUGCCCUGCAAUAGGGAGUGGAAUAUUUUUAGCCAGGAGUUUUGAAUGGAUAUAGGCUCAGUUUAAAUCCUGCUUUUCCUUUUUGAUUUCCCUUUCCUCAUCUACUUCAGUGAAACAACCUGAAGAUGCAUGUCAUUCAGCUCGCACAACAGCUGGACAGGGUACUGUCUGGAACUGUACCCAAGCUUAAGUUAAAUGCCUUCAUGAAAGCAACGGUGAAAGUGGAAAACUUAAAUCCACCCACACACCGUCCCCCACCACCCCCCCCCCCCAUUCCGAUAGUUAUUUCUAUGAAAAGACAAAAUAUAAAUAUGUGCAUACCUAAAAGCACAGUUGGGUUAAUCGAGCCAGUAAUUGUAUUGUUUCCUAGCCAAAAUUACAAUCAGGCAACUAGUUUUUUUAAAAAUCAAGCUCUGGUUUUGUUUCUUAGUUAUUAAUUUCAAAGCCAAAAAAAUCUAGUUUCCAAAAUUAGCAAACAUAGUAGACUACAGCUGAGGCUAGCACUGCUAUGAAAUGCUUUGUGCAACAUUCUGGUGUUUGAGAGGUUUGGACUUGACAGUCAUUGCCAAGGAGGAAAAUGUGUCUGCAAACACUGGUAUUUACGGACAGAAUGAAAUAAAGUAAUAAAGUCAAAACUAGCCUUGUGAGCAGCACUGUAGAACAACUGCUAUGUUCAGUUUGCUGAGACUGGAGGAAUCAAAAUGGGCUUGAAGAACAUUGGAUACUAUGCAUUAUCAGCAAAAGAUAAGUGACAACAAUUGGUAUGCUGAAUAAAAUCAGGGUGCAGCUCCACACUGAGACGGUUCGGAUCAACGAAAUUUAUUGAUGGGAAGAUAAUAAAGCUAGGGUGGUUUGGGGAAACACCCCAUUUGGUAAAGCUAAAUGAGAAUCCUAAAUAUGGUGAGAAUCUUGUUGCCUUUACAUGUUGUGAAAUCUUGCUCAAAAUAUGGAUGAAGUCUUGAAUGAACAAAGAUUGCCCUGUUGUGUGAACUGACAUUCUGACAUCUGCUAAGGCAAAGUCUACAGAAUAAUGAUGAUACUGCCUCCCUUCAACAGUGUUGAUACCUGACCCUAGCCCUUUACCUUUCCAUACAACAUGUCCAAGAUUGGGCUUUGUUUGGAAUUGUCAUAGAUCUGUGUAAAACAGUUGCCAAUGUGCAGCACCAUCCACAAUUUUGGCAAUUUUUUUCAAAAGAAAUAGCUUGGCCCAUAGGAAAGAGCAUAUAAAAAUUAGUGACUUGAACAAUAUAAGGCAAUAUUAGCAGUGAUUGGAACCAAGUACUAUCAUUGGACCUGCCUUGUCCUUUUGGUCAGUUUAGAAAAAGUUAGCUGCCAGCAGAAAACGGAUAAAUACCAAGUAGUAAUAUAUACAAGGAGUAGGGUAUCUGUUUUAGAAAAUGUGUUCUGCUUCACAACACCUGUUAAUCACCACAGAUAUUGUAGAAAGCAAACUUGAAAUCAUUGCAGAAAUGCAAAAUUGGUCCAGUUACUUUUCAAAUGUUGUGAAAAACUUCUGUCCCAUAGUGAGAUCAAUUGUUAGUUGAUGAAUUGAUGAAGGCAGCUAUGUGCUCUGCACUCUGUUUCAGGCCUUUUAGAUAUUAUAGGGUUUUUUAAAAGAAAUUAUCUUAAUCAGGAUCUCCUGUCAUGACUCGGCUGAAUUCUGUCUUUCGUUGUGUCAGAUUACUGGAUUUUUUUUAAAAAACAGUCUUUUAGAGAGACAGUUGUGCAGUUUUCAUAAACAAUAAGCCAGUGACCUCUAUCUUAAUUCACACCAACUUGAUCUGAGCUUUCAAAUAGACAAAUCUUGGUGAUGUACUGGUAUGCCAAGGAACUUGGCAUUACUCUGGAAGUAGCUGGUUCAGGGGUUUCUUUUUAAUACAAGUACAUUUAGCAAAAUGGCCAAACAAAGUGAAAGCGGACAAUGAGAUUCAUACUUAAAGAUUUAAUUUUUUUUAAGCUGUUUAUAUUGAUUCUAAAGGCAACUUGAAUCUGAAUUGUGUGAAACUUGUCAGCAGAAGACAGCUGUACUUUAGUGGUUAUAAUGGAACGUGGUACAUAUGGAAUUAGCUGCUGGAAAUAUUGUGGGACCUUCAAUAAUGUCAUGAGGGGUUUGAAUUGUUUUGUGAUUACCAUUGACAUUACAGAAACUUGAACAAUACAAUGUGUGUGACAAGUAUAGUAUAACUUAGGAUUGGGAGGAGGCUUAUUGGUUGGGGGGGGGGGGGAAAUUGCAACUCCUUUGCAGCUUUUAAUUUGCUUCCAAGUAUCUCUCUUUAAAUCACGUCUUUUUUCUCAUGUAUAGCAGAAUGUAACUUGAAGGAAUGGGGUAUUCACGUUGAAGAUAAUGUAGGUGGUCCCUAAUUUAAAUGUAAAAUGGCCUCAUUAUUCAUUUUCACCACCGUUCUCUCUUCUUCCUUGCCCAUACGUUAGCAAAUUGGAAGGUUGGGACAAACAGCCAGUUGACCACCUGAACUGCAUUGAGGAGUUGUGCUUCAGUACUGUUUGCCGUAUGUUUUGUUUUAAUUCUGCAGAGAAUAUUACAGAUUGAACUUGGGACUUAUAGUGAACUGGCUGUCAGUGUUAACUUUGCUCCUUGGCAUUCUAAUGUAGCAGCAAGGCAAAGUGGCUAAGUAUACGGCCACCUUCCCUUCACAGAAAAAUGGUUGAUUGGGAUGAUUGCUGAAUAGAGAGGAUUUUGUAGAACUCUUCAAACAUUGUUGCUGUGGCAGCAGGUCACAUUGUAGCUUCACCACAUUUAAUGUGUUUGGGUUCAGUUAAUAAGCAAUAAUAAAGGGGCUCAUGACUUCCAUUAUACCGUGUGGUUUGUAUAUUCUUGUUACAAGGAUGGAACAGCCCAAAUAAAAACAGCCUAGAAACUGAGAUGUUGAAUUCUUGACAUGUUGUAUUUCCCAUUUGAAGAUGUUCAGUUUAUCUGAAGUAUAACAUGCUAUAUUCUCAUGUAAUCUGUAAAAGCAAAAGAAAUUUGCUAGGAAACUUCAUGUACACGUGAAUAUUCUGCGUAAUAACUGAAAGUAUUGUAGAAUGUACUUGUAUGUCUCAGCGCUGAACUUAAGGGGAAGAGAACAAAAUCAAAUAACUUACAAGCUAGUCUUUUAAAUGAGCUUAGACACUGAACAAUGAUUUUGCUGAAAGACUCAAGUCAUUAAUGUAUAGUGUAGCUUCUGUAGUUCCUUUUAGGUUUAUAUUAUUGGUUUAGCACAAUCAAUGAGUUUUGUGUGUAAGUACAUUAAGUAUAUUAAUAUUUUUUCACAUCUGCCACCCCAACAAUUUUCCUUGUAUCAAGCUAUUGUGGUUCUGUGUGAAGGCCAGCAAAAAGACCAAGGAUGCUUAUCAAACCGGUAAUGUUCACAAGUUGCAUUUCAGCUUGUUAUGCAAGGAGUACGCUGCAGUUUGUUUUUCAACUUCAGCAAAAUAUCAGCCUUCUGUCAGCAGUGAAUUACGCCAGUUCCUCUGAUUUCUAAGUCAGUCCUGCUGCUACUUCUAGGAACAUGAUGCAUUUAAGAGUUGCCCUGAUUCAGAAGGAUGAGUUUAGGAAACCAGCCUGGUUUUGAGGUUUGAAUAUUAAGCUUGCACCCCAUUUAUAAAUGCAGACAAAUGUCUGCAGUCUUACCUGACCUGUUUGUGUGUGUGUGUGUGUGUGUGAGAGAGAGACAUACAGAUUUUUGUAAAAAAAAAACUUAUCCAUUCAUUUGGACUUUGUUUUCUUAUGUUUUAUUGUCUUGGUGGGUACAGAUGGAUGGUUAUGCCACACACUUUUUGUGGUUGCAGAUUUCUGUUUUGUGAAGAUACUUGUCAUUGAACUUGAAUGAGACAGUAGCAAAUUACAGGAGCUUCAGUAAUUUGAUUGCGAUAUUAAACUUCAACUUGUUUAAUUUAUAAA